AUGUUUAGUAACUGCAACAUGAGAAAGGCGUGUGGCACGACGGUGGGCUUUUUCGGCAUCGCAUUCGUCAUAAUUUUCAUACUUAUACCUGCUAUUUGGCGUUAUUCACCUUCAAUUCAAAAGAGUAUGAUAUUCCUGAACCAUGACCAUAUGCCUGAGAUACAGAAUUAUAGUCAUCCGGAAGUUUAUGGCUUGGAUGGAACGAGAAAUUUUUACAUUGAUACAAAAGACAAUGUAACAUUAGGAGUGUGGCAUCUAUUACCAAGUAAUUUGUUUGUAAAAUACGGAGCAAACGAAUCGAAUUACGAACUACUUUUGAGUCACGGGGAACCGAUUAUCAUAUACAUGCAUGGUAACUCCGGUGCUCGGUCGAACAAUCAACGGAUAGAAUUGUAUCGCAAGCUCCGGGAUAUCAACUGUCACGUGAUAGCCGUAGACUACAGAAGUUAUGCCGAUUCUACAGAUGUCGAAAUCGACGAGACCGGCUUAGUGUCGGAUGUGAUGGAGACAUUUAAAUGGGUUUACAUACGCGCACAUGGAGCACCGAUCUUUGGUUGGGGCCACUCUCUGGGCACUGGAAUUGGAGCACACGCGUUUUCGUUAUUGGAAAAAGAAAACAUCUAUCCCCAUGGACUUAUUUUAGAAGCUCCAUUCAAUAAAAUGAGUGAAGCAAUUAGAGAGUAUUCAACUACUAAGGUUCUCCGCUAUUUCCCUUGGUUUGAUUUUUUCAUUAUUGAUUCAGUCACUGAAAAUGGAAUUGUUUUUGAUACAGAACAAAACUUAAAAAACGCGAAAGUUCCAGUGCUGAUAUUACAUGCUCGAGAUGAUAUUAUAAUACCAUACCAGCUCAGUGAAAACUUGUAUAAUUAUAUUACGGCAAGUCGGAAAAGUGAACUGACUGAACUCGUUUUGUAUGAAGCCAAGUAUGGUUUUGGCCAUCAGUUUAUAUGUCGGGAUAAUGAAAUCGAAAAAAAAAUUGAGAAAUUUAUACAGAAAUGUCUAAAAAUGACGUCUUGA